UAUGACGCCGCGCGCGCACCUUUGAGACAUCGAUCGAAGCGCGCCAAAUUUAAAUUCCGAACGAAGUGUUACAAUGCGUGGGUGUCUUUAAAAAAUAUAUUUGUUUUUUUUUCAAAUUCGAAUAUGGCCCGUUUAGUGUUGAUAGUUUUGUGUGCGGUCGUUAUUGGAUAUUGCGCGGAAUUGCCCUCUAGUGGGAAAGAGAGCGCGCGGGAGGAAAAGUUACGAAGCGCUUUGAUAGAUGCUUUUCAGAAUAUUAAAAAGGCGUCAGCCAAAGGUGGAGUGGACGAUGAGAGUCCGCUGACGGCUGACCUGAUCGGCUCCUUGAUUAUACCGAGCAGAACCAAAACAGAUCCUCCGUCUGAAGAGGACUCAUUCGGAGUAUUCGCUGAUGAGGACGGUCUAUCCUUCGCCGAAGCCUUCGACAAUGUUGAGCCGGAGAAAAAAGCAUCCAGUACAGAAACUUCGCACAACGUUCAACACAUCGUUAAAACGACUAAACUACCCGAGAAGACUACUUCGAGACCGAAUAGAGAUAUCUUCAACAAGCUUAGCGACUCAAUCAGGGACACAUUGAACGAAUCGAAACUAGUGUUGAGAAAGGAGAAUAAUAGUUCGAGUAAUUUGAUAGGAAUCGAGAAUAUGCUGAGGGUUUUCGAUGCUGAUAUCCUGGUGCAGCAGUGGGGAGAUCUUCAGCGAUUGGUGGACGGCGACUGCCGCCUGGAUAUGCAGGAGUACGUCGAAGGACUGCAGGAGCGGAAACUGUGGGCAUUAAAAAUGGAAGACGCCAGCGGCCGCUACACGUCGAUGUUCUACUGGGGGAACAACUACUGGACGGGCUCCGCCGAGCUGUGCCAGAUCCUGAACGAGCAGCACACGCCUUCACCACACCACAAUAAGAGCAGCGGCUCCCAGAUCUUUAGCGAAUGGCGGCAGGACGUGUCCAUGUCGGGCUCCGGGCCUCCGUUCGCGACGGCCUUCUACACCGUGCGGCUCAGCGUGCAGACUGAUGUCAAGGAGAUUGUGAAAACGCGCCGCACUCUCCACCUGGGCAUAUGCCUGCCGUCGAGCUGCGGCCGCGGCGACGUGACGUCACUGGCGAGCGGCGUGCGCGCACCCGUCCUGCGCCACGCCGUGCUCAGCGUGCGCGCGCCGUUGCAAGGCUCCUACACCUACUUUGGAGACCCUACUUUUAGGGUGUUAUUAGGCGUGUGCAUAGCCGUCGGCCUGCUGCUAAUAUCAGCGACUGCGUACGACAUGAAGCUGGCGCGGGACGUGCGCAGGCGCAGACGGAGGGCCGCCAACAUGGCCGCCGAGGGGGCCAGGAACGAUCUGAAGUUGGACCUCAAUGGCCUGGAUGAUAUCACUGUGACUAAUGGCAAGUCAAUGUACAACGUGAACAACAACAUAGCGGUCGCCAGCAACACGUCUGAAGAGCGGCUGACGGCGGAGACAGCGUCCACUGACGAGGAGAUCAAACUGAGCAUCUGGUCGGAGCUGCUCCUAUCUUUCUCCAUGAAAGCGAACAUUCUCCAGAUCUUCGACCAGACAGUUGGCUCCGACACCGUUCCCGUGGUUCAUGGUCUGCGUACUCUGUCCAUGGUGUGGGUAAUUUUUGGACACACUUGCAUCGUUGUCUUCAAGUACGCAGACAACACCGCGCUGCGAGCUGUGCUGGAGAAGAGUUUCCUGUUUCAGCUGAUCCUGAGCGCGGUCUACAGCGUCGACACGUUCUUCUGUCUCGGUGGCAUGUUGGUGACGUUCCUGUAUUUCCGGACGAACGCGAAGGGGAAGCUGGACCUCAUCACGAAGGGCAGGAGGAAGCUCACCGCCGGAGUACUACAGUUCAUGGGACUCAUCGCUUACAGAUUCGCCAGACUGACAGCGCCGUACCUGUUCAUGCUGGGCGUGGUGGAGGUGACGAUGAAGUGGUUCGACCAGAACGCGGUGUUCGAGCCCCCGGCCGCGGACCACGAGACCUGCCCCAAGUACUGGUGGAGGAAUCUGCUGUACAUCAACACGUUGUUUCCUGUCGAUCAGAUGUGCAUGUUGUGGAGUUGGUACCUGUCAGACGACACACAGUUCUACGCCGUCAGUGCUAUACUACUCAUUUUAGCAACAAGCCAUUUCAAACUGUCAGUAUCACUAACCGGCGUAUUCUUCGUGUCGUCAUUAUUCACAACGGGCUACGUGUCAUGGAGUAACGAACACAUUCCAAACAGCGAAGACCCAUUCACUCAGUUCGACAAGAUUUACGACAAACCCUGGACGAGAUUAGGGCCUUAUUUGAUAGGCAUGGCCACUGGAUGGAUAUUGUUCAAGACUAAUUUGAAAAUCAGGAUGAAGAAGGUAUGGGCAUGGGUGGGGUGGACAGUGUGCACAGCAACGCUGCUGUUCCUCAUAUUCGGAUUGUACCAAACUCAGUUAGGAGUGGCGGCGGCCGCCGUGUACAGCGCGCUGUCGCACUCGCUGUGGUCCGCCUGCGUCGGCUGGAUCAUCAUCGCCUGCUCCACCGGUUACGGAGGUUGGGUCCGGCCUCUGUUAUCGGCUCCAAUCUUAUACCCGUUCUCAAGAGUUACCUACUGCGCAUAUCUAGUACAUCCGGUGGUGCUACGAUACGUCGCUAUGCACCUAACACAUCCCAUACAUUUGGGGGAACUUUUAGUGUUUGUAUUAUUCCUGGGGCUGACUGUCAUAUCCUACGUGCUUGCUUUCAUCAUAUCCGUGGCUUUUGAAGCGCCGAUGGUAACGAUGCUGAAGAUAAUAGCGCCUCAGAGGAAACCACACAGAGUCUGAACGCGGUGUGCCGCAGGGCAGCGAACUUGGACCAACGUACAAAGAUUUUUUAUAAGAAGUUGGCACUGCCGACGUUUAUAAGUAUAAAUAUAAUGUGGAUAAAUGAAAAUGGUAAAUGGAAGCUUUCCAUGUAAAUAUUUUUUGAUAUGACAUAAAAAAAGAUGCGUUUAUUACAUUGUUAACUUGUUAUUUAACAAAGAACAAACUAUUUUUUAUUUCAAUAUAUUUGAGUGAAUAGUUAUAAUAAUGGACGUUUCCAUUUACCUACGUUUAAGACAACCACAUUGACUUUAAACUCACGGAUUACCUAACAAGCCAAAGGAUCUCGAGUGAAAAUGAGGCUAAGUUUAAAUCACAGUUGGGAUGAUUGAAAUAGCUUUUACUGUAACUCUAUGAUUAUGGACUUGUAUAUCAUAAUGACUUCGAUUAGUUUAAUGAUUUACUUCUUAGACAUAACCAACAUGGCCGAUAUUAAAGUCAUUGAAUAGAAUAAAGAAAAACAUGAUCCACUGGAUUUUUUACGGUAGAAAUCAGCUUCUGUAGAAUAAUAUCGUUUCAUAGAUCAUGCCUUAGGUACAUUUCUUUAGUAAUGUCAUCCAUAAGCUGCUCAUUCAAAGACAUCACGUCUUCUAACUGGUAGUCUUCUAUCUAAACUGGUAGUGUCAUGGGUCAUGGCGGUCCACACGAAUCUGAUCUAUAAAGCUUAAGCGUAUUAAGAAAUAAAUUUAAUUAAAAUUUAAUCUUUAUUUAUAUAAAAUUAAAGACUACAAAGGUCAAUAAGGACUUAGAAGGAAAGUAUUUUUAAAAUAAUUAUAGUUUUAUCACUGAUUAUCAAAAGAAUAUUUGGCAUUUUAAUGAAUCACAAAUUCAUGAUGAUUCCUGAAAUGUAUUAUUCUAGUAGAAUAAGAAUGCGAAUGGUCACUCAAAAGAAAGCCUUUCUUUUGAGUGACCAUUCGCAUUCUUAUUUUUAUAUACUUGUAGAUAUAUCUGGCGUACAUACCUAAUCUUUUUUACCAGUGAUGUGCCGAUGGAAUUAGGUUUAAAUGAUGAUCGAUUUUCUUCUAAAGUAUAUUUUCGUUAAAUUAAUUAUGACACAAUAUUUUUAUCAUUCUUGUCUUUUCAAAGAUUGGAUUUGUUAUUACCUUGGUUAGUACAUUUUUGUGAGAAUUGUCUGUUUAUGUUAAACGUGUGAUUGAGUUGAAGUCGUGAUUUUUUCUGCUGACCAAGUCUUAUCCUAUUUAAGAUAUUCUAUUGACAAUUAAAGAAUUUGCUCAUAUAGUAUAAGUUUUGCCACACGACUAAAAAAAAUAUUUCUUUCUCUGUACAGAGAUUUUUUAAUACCUAGGUGACCCCAGACAUAUUGAAAUAUUAUAAACUUAAUUAGGGACAUACACUUUUUCGUCCUAAGAAUAUUAAGUAUAUAUCAUGACAAAUGUGUGCAUAAUUUUAUAUGUUUGUAUAAAUCUCUGUCCUUGUACCUAAUAGACUAUGUAAAUAGGCUGUAAAUAAUAUUCUAGGCGUAAGUUUUGUACGAAAACAUAAAUUUUAU